UUGAAAUUAAUUUUUAUUCGCAAUUUAACUAUAUUAGACUAUCAUCAAUAGCUCUAGUUCUACUAGAUUCUAGAUCUAGAUCUAUCUAGGUUAUGUAAAUAGCUAGUUGUUGCUGAACUAUGGACAAGAAAAGAAGAGGCAGACCAAACCGAAGGGGUGGCAGGGGGGGAAGAGGAAGAGGACGAGGCAAUGAGAGAGGAAAGACAGUAGUAAGAGGUAGUGGAGGGUGGUCAUCAUCAAGAAAAGGAGGUUUGGAUCUAGAUGACUCUCUUGAUGGUCCCUGUGUCAAUGACCCUUCUUAUGGUCAUAAUAGAAGGGACUCAGCAUCCAACUACACAUUCACUGGCACAAGAAGCACAAGAGGCAGAGGUUCUGCCCCAAAAGUUCACCUGGAGUUGCAGCAAUUGUUUAUGAGCUCAGAGAAUCAAGAACUAGUUAGAAAAACUCUGCAAUCUCUUCGUACUGAAGACAUUGAUGAAGCAUCCGGGGAUGAAGAAGAUGUGGAAGAGGAUGAUUAUGAUGAACUGGAUGUGAGAGAUGAUGACCAGUACUGGACAACCGACUACAACCAACCCACACAUCCUAGGCUGUUAAAUAGAAAAGAGUGGCUUCAUUUAACUCAAGACACAACUGUUGUCCAAGCUUUGCUGCCCGAAACUAUGUUUAAAAUAAAAAAACUUCAAAGGUGCGGUUUUAGUCUAGAACUUUGUGAAGAAGCUCUACAGAUAUGUGAUGAGGAUGUUGGUGCUGCCAUGGAGUAUCUUCUUAAUGAUUUCUUUGACAUCAGACUCAGCAUUAAGGACGCAGAGGCUACUGACACAGGCUCAGAUCUGUACAGAGAAGUCUUAGAAGCAAGAGAAGAUGAAAAAAUGGCAUUAAAGUCUAUUUACGAUGAGGCCUUUGAAGAGAGGAUUAUGGGUAAAGUUUGGGUGUUGAAUCUUGAGUUACAGGAAUUGACAAAUUUAUUAAAACAAAAGCAGACAUUACAAACAUGUGUGAAAAAAACUGAAGAUAAAAAUACAGACAGAAAAGUGUGCCCAUUUUACCGCAAAGGUAACUGCAGGUUUGGAGACAGGUGCCACUACUCUCAUGAAAUUUCUGUCAUUGACAAGCCUCAAAAUUUGACUCAUCCAAUUUAUGCAAAUCUCAGGGCUUUGGAAGAACAUAAAUGUCCUUUUAGUAUUGAGAUAAGGUUCCCAGAUGGCAGCCUUUACCCUCAUGAACCACCACUCUUGGUUUUUUCAUCUGAGCUGGAAGAGUUGCCUCCCUAUACACGCUUAAACAUUACCAAGUUUUUGAUGCAGCAGGCCAAAGAAUUUGCUGAAAGCAAGCUUCCUUGUAUUUUUUCCCUCAUCAGUGCCUUAGAACAAACUGAACAGCUUCAAGAGCUUUUAAGUUUGCCUCCUCCUAGAAUGGUCAAACCCCUGCCUCUUGUGGAGCCUGUAAAAUCCAAGACCACUUUCCAACAAAAGGACAAGAAGGGCCCACAAGAUUGGCCCACGGAUGAAGAUAAACUGAAGCAACAGCGGGUUCCUGAGAAUGUACCUUCUAAAGAGGCGGGUGAUUCACAAGCAGCUGCACUGCAGAGAAGACAUGAUCCAGUUCCUUACAGAGUUAAUCCAGUUGAGCUGCGACGCCAGAAUAAACUUUUACAUGAUGAAUUUCUUCAUACUAAGGUAUCUAAACAGUAUAGAAACAUGCAAGCUGAUCGCCAUCGUCUCCCUGCUUGGGAUAUGAAAGAUUUAAUCUUGGAGGUUGUUGCACAGAAUCCUGUUAUCGUUAUCAGUGGAAUUACUGGUUGUGGCAAGACAACCCAGGUGCCUCAGUUUCUUCUGGAUGAAGCUCUUCUGACUUCAGACUUUAAAGCUAACAUUGUGUGCACCCAGCCCAGGAGGUUGUCUGCAAUGGCCGUGGCUCAGAGAGUUGCAGAUGAAAGGACAGAGAAACUUGGAAGAUGUGUUGGAUACCAGAUUAGGCUGGAAAGUGUCAUGUCACAGUUCACUCGUCUUUUGUUUUGUACCACUGGCAUCAUCCUACGUCGUUUAGAGAAAGACACAAUGUUGGACGGAGUCACACACAUAAUCAUAGACGAGGUGCAUGAAAGAUCUGAGGAAAGUGACUUCUUGUUGAUGAUUCUAAAAGACAUUUUGAACCAAAGACCAGAUUUGAAAGUUAUCCUUAUGAGUGCAACUAUGAAUGCAAAGCUAUUCUCAGAUUAUUUUGGUGGUUGCCCGGUGCUGGAGAUACCUGGAUGUACCUAUCCUGUACAGCAGUAUUUUCUGGAGGAUGUUAUUGAAUUUACACAGUAUCAGCUAGAGGAAAAAUCUCCUUAUGCUCGUCCACUUAAACAUGGUAAAAGAGAUGUGAAACAUGGGAGAGACAUCAUGCCUGACUAUUUGGAUGAUGAGCUUGAAAUGGACAAAGGUCACUGCCUGCCUGCCCGUGACAAAAUGGCUGACAUGUCUCUUAGUGUUGCACAGAUGCAGACCAGAUAUGCAGUCUACAGUACUUCCACCAUAAAGACCCUUUCCCACUUAGACUUGGAGAAGAUCAACUAUGACUUGAUAGUCCUUCUCUUAGAGUACAUUGUCACUAGUCAAGAGCUGCCAUCAGAUGGGGCUAUUCUUGUCUUCAUGCCAGGCUUUGCUGAAAUCCAGACACUUUUUGACAUGCUACUCUCUACCUCAACAUUUCGCAUUAGCAACAAAUCAAGGUAUAAAAUAAUUCCUCUUCAUUCUACUUUGUCAUCAGAAGAUCAAAAUGCUGUUUUUGUGAAACCAAAGGAAGGUCUAAGAAAGAUUGUCAUAGCAACAAACAUUGCUGAAACUUCCAUUACCAUUGAUGAUAUUGUGUUUGUAGUGGAUACUGGCAAGAUGAAAGAGAAAAGAUUUGAUCAGACUAAGAGCAUGGAAAGUCUGGACUCUGUCUGGGUCUCCAGAGCCAAUGCCAUGCAGAGAAAAGGGCGAGCUGGUAGAGUGCAGGAAGGAGUUUGUUUUCAUCUGUUUACAUCACAUCAUUUCAAACAUCAUCUUAGAGAGCAGCCAAUACCAGAAGUACAAAGAGCCUGUCUAGAACAGUUAGUACUGAAGAUCAAGAUGUUACCUUUAUUUAAUGAGCAACCUGUACAGACUGUCUUGGAAAAAUUGAUUGAAGCACCAUCUCUAGAGGCUAUUCAGGGAGCUGUCAAGCGUUUAACAGAUCUAGGAGCCCUGGAUGACAAUGCUGACUUGACUCCACUUGGCUAUCAUGUUGGAUCAUUGCCUGUAGAUGUUAGGAUUGGCAAGCUGAUGUUGUUUGGUGCUAUAUUCAGAUGUCUGGACUCCACUCUGACCAUAGCAGCUACUCUCAGUUUCAAGUCACCAUUUGUGUCCCCCUUUGGGUUGAAACAAGAGUCUGAUGAGAAAAGGAAAGAGUUUGCUGUGGGUAACUCUGACUAUCUGACCAUGUUGAAUGCUUACAAGGGUUGGUGUGAAGCCAAGUUAAAAGGUUCCCAUCAAGCUUAUCUUUACUGUCAGGAAAAUUUUCUGUCUAUUAAAACUUUACAGAUGUUGGCUAGUUUAAAGCAACAGUAUGUGGAACUUCUCUCUGACAUAGGGUUCAUACAACAGGAUAUUAAACUUAAAGAUGUGGAGAGGGCUGCAAGGGGAGGCACUGAUGGUGUGGCACAAAUCACAGGCAUUGAGGCCAAUGUAAACUCAAACAACUUGAAACUUCUAUCAGCCCUCCUGGUUGCUGCCCUUUAUCCUAAUAUCCUGCAAGUUCUGACACCAGAGACUCGUUACCACCCAUCAAGUUCAGGUGCUGUUGUGAAACAACCAAACCCAGAGGACUUGAAAUUUAAAACAAAACAAGAUGGCUAUGUACAUAUUCACCCAUCGUCUGUUAACUUCCAAGCUCGACAUUUUUCCAGUCCAUACUUGGUGUAUCAUGAGAAGGUGAAAACAACAAAGGUUUACAUCCGAGACUGCUCUAUGGUCUCUGUGUAUCCACUGCUUCUGUUUGGUGGUGGUGGGAUAUCCAUGGAUCUCUAUCAGGGUCACUUCAUUCUGUCCAUUGAUGAUGGUUGGAUUCAGUUCAAAGCUUCUUCAACACAGGUGGCUGAAUUGGUUAGAGAUCUUAGGUAUGAGCUGGAUCAACUCUUGUCAGACAAAAUCUCACAGCCAGACAUGGACCUCUUGACCUGCCCUAGGGGAAGCAAGAUAAUUAGUUGUAUAGUGGAACUUAUCAGUAGCCAGUAGUGGGUGUUAAUAUUCUAUUCAAAGCAUGGUAUUGUUGACUUAAGUGUCUAGUCCACUGAGCUCCUGGACAUCAGUGAAGAAGUUGUGGGGCCUGGAGAGACUGCUCUCUAUAUGAAGUUCACUAAGUUUAUCCCACCUCCAAAGGGAUAUAACUUUCUGUGAUUAAUGGAUCAUCCCACUACCCUCAAGCAAAAACAAACAAAAGGGAAAAACUUUUUCAAAGCAUUUGAAGAUAGAUAAUUAUUUUUAAAAGCUAGACUCUCCCACUAACAAAUCUUGCAGCUAGAGAAUCACAUAAUCUAGUAGGCACAUUCUCUGCAUAAUUUCAAUAUUUGGUUGUAAUAUUGUGUGUUAACUUCAUUAGCACCAACACUCUAAGUAAGAGGUUUGUGUGUGUGUAUUUACAUUCAGUGCAAGCUAUUUAGUGUGAGAAAAUGUAUGUAUGAAUCAACAUUCACCAAGUAAUAACAUCAUUGUUUUCCUUCUAUUUCACUGUUGACUAGAUAUCUGAGUAUGCAGCCAGAGUAAAACAUGGAAGGUGCUACUGUUUGUUUGAAAUAUUUUGUGCAUAACUUUGAGGGUAAAUGAAAGUGGAUGUCAUUAUUGUUUCAAUGUACAUGUUUGUUUUAUUCUUAAAUAUUUUAUGCAGCGUUGUUACAUUCUAUAAGCAGCUUGGUCUAUCCAUUAAAUAGAGCUAUGCAAUUUUGUAGAAUGUUUGUCAUAACCUAUGUGUGUAAUGUUUAUACAACUGUCUAGGCCUUUAUCUCCUUACAUAAAGACACAAUUUGGACAUUCUGACACUCUUGAUUCACCCCAGAAGCUCAUUAAAUAUCUUGCAGUAGGUGCAGAAAUCAUAGCAUGUUAUUUUCAUCACUUCAGUAAAAAAACAUAGUGUGUUUUCAACUGUUUGCCUGUUUGCUCAAUUCUGCUGCAGAGAAGCCAGAUUUUUAGCCUACGUUUGGCAAAUAAUGUUUUUAAAUGAUAGCAAGCCCACUGAGGGAAGGUGGGCAUGAAGCACUGACCUACAUCCAGAUUGGUUCACUAGCACAUUUGUUAUCCAGACACUUGACUUAACUACUUUCACUGCAAUCAAACUGCAUCCCAAAAGAUUAUGUCAGCUUGUUAAUAAAUGAAAUCAUUCUGUUAAGCAGUUAGAUGGUUAAAUUGAAAAUACUUUUUGGAUUAAAUCUUUCAACUGUCUUGCCAAUAAGUCAGUGAUGCUAUUAUGUGGUGUGCAAAUAAGAGGGUUUUUAUGUCCGAGUAUUUUAUAAUUUAUUUGUGUGAAAACAUUAUAUUAUCUGGCACAUUGUAAUAUUUCAUAAUGAAACCAGUAUUUAAGGCUAAAUACCCUAAUACUUUUUAGAAUGACUUAUAUUUGACUUAUCAAGUAUAAUUGAACUACUAACUAGCAUACUAUUGUCAAAUACUAAACUGUAGUUGAAGGCUUUUAGUGGAAGGGGAACUAACAAUUCAGCUUUUAUGUAAAAUUAUUUGCAUGAAUAACUCUUAAAGAGUAAAUGCUAGAAUUUCUAAUUGAUUGUUUGACUGAGGUGCUCAUUUCUUAACUAGAUAUCUUGUCAUGUCAUUUUAUUAGGACAAUAAAAUGCUUGUUUCAUGUUA